UGAUGAUCCUCUUAGCGCGUGCACGCGCCUCCACUGCCUCCAUUGCGUGCCGAUGAAGAGGAUGAAGAUGAAAGUCGCGUGAGCAAGGACCCGGCUAGAUGGCAACGAUGACGUCUUAACGUUUGCAUCCUGGCGCGGGAAGCUGAUCUUCAUCUCACUUCAACUUGUUUUUACGGGACGUGGCUCAUGGGAGUCAACUUUGCCGGGUGUUCUCCAUGACGCUGAUUGCCGCUGUGUGGAUUUACUGACGUCAUGUGGACGCUAACCGAGGACGAGAGAGUUGGAGUGGUGGUGUGCAGUUUCAGAAGUUGUUUCCCGCACUCGUUGACCUUGGAGCUCGGAGAGACCGUUCAAAUCCUGGAGAAAUGUGAAGGAUGGUUCAGAGGUUUCUCCUGCAGGAGAUCAGAUGUCAAAGGUGUUUUCCCAUCAAGUUACAUUCAUGUGAAGAAAUGUACUGUCACCAGUAAAGGUUCCAAGGAGACGGUAGUAGCCGUAGAAGACGUCCUUGUUACUGAGGUGACAUCCACACUGCAGGAAUGGUCGUGUCUGUGGAAACAACUCUACGUGAGACAUAAAGUGGAAUUAUUCUUCAAACUGGGUCAUGUGAUGUCGGAGCUGAUUGACUUGAGGAGACAGCUGCUGUCGGGUCAGCUGACACAUGAACAGAACCGAGACAUCAGAAGACACGUGACCGCCAGACUGGACUGGGGAAACGAGAAUUUGGGUUUGGACUUGGUUCCAAGAAAAGAUUUUGCGAUGGUGGAUGAAGAUCAGAUCAGCGUUUCUGAUCUUUAUAAGAUGCAUGUGAGCAGCAGACACAACGCCCAACACAAUUCUUCACAGGCUGAGCAGAGCAGUCAUCAGAAACCCGGCGGCAGCGAUGCUUGCAAAGCUCCGGUGGCUCAUCACCUGCUGCUCCACCUGAAGAGCUUCACCUCCAACAACAUCGGAGAAGACACCGACAUCUUCUUCUCGCUCUACGACUUCCGAGAAGGAAAAAGCAUCAGUGAAAGGUUUCUAGUGAGGCUCAACAAAAACGGAGGAGCAAAGAAUCAUGAGAAGGUGGAAAGACUGAGCGCCCUCUUCAUGGACCUGAGCAACAAAGACAUGAAGAGAGAUCUGUACAUCAUCUCACAGGUGAUUCGAACGGGGCGGAUGUUGCUGAAUGACAGUAAGAAAGGUCCGGCACACGUUCGAUACCGACGGCCUUACGGCUGCGCUGUCCUCGCCAUGAGCGAUGUCCUGCAAACGAUCUCGGAACUUCGAGAGGAAAAAGACUUUGUCCUCAAAGUUUACAUGUGUAACAACGAGAACGAAUGGUACCAAAUCCAUGAAAACAUCAUCCGCAAAUCCAGUACCAAAUACUCGGCGCCCGGAAACAACUACGGCCUGAUCAUCUCAUUGCAGUUGUUGCAAGGCGACUUGGAGGAUCUCCGGCGGGAAAAGAAAGCGGUGUUGAGUGGAGGCGUGGCCAUAACCCGCAAGCUGGGCUUCCCGGACGUCAUCAUGCCAGGGGAUGUGCGUAACGACUUGUACUUGACACUGGAGCGAGGCGACUUCGAGAGAGGAGGAAAAAGUGUUCAGAAGAACAUUGAAGUUAGCGUUUUUGUGCUGAGCGCCGAUGGAGAACUUGUCAAGGACUGCAUUAGUCUGGGUUGUGGUGAGCCCAACAUGGCGGCGCAUCGCUCCUUCGUGCUCUACCACAACAACAGCCCUCGAUGGAGCGAGGCCAUUAAGCUGCCCAUCCCCAUCGACCGAUUCCGAGGCUCCCAUCUCCGCUUCGAGUUCAGGCAUUGUUCUACAAAGGACAAAGGAGAGAAGAAACUCUUCGGCUUUUCCUUCACGCCGCUCAUGAGGGACGACGGGACCACGUUAUCCGACCAGAGCCACGAACUCUUCGUCUACAAGUGUGACGACAACACAACCUUUAAUCACCCCGCCCACUACUUGGGACUUCCCUGCUGUAAAGACCACAUGAACCUCAGUCGUGGUGUUGGGAACAACCUCCUCUUCCAGCGCAGCACCAGGGAGACCUUUUGGAUCUCCACCCAGCUCUCAUCCACCAAGCUCACCCAGAACGUGGACCUGCUGGCUCUGCUCAAAUGGAAAGCACAUCCGGACCGGGUCUCGGACAUCCUUGGCCGCCUGCGACACAUCAGUGGAGAGGAAAUAGUCAAGUUUCUUCAAGACAUUCUGGACACAUUGUUCUCCAUUCUGGAUGACAACACGGACAAAUAUGGACCUCUGGUCUUCCAGUCUUUGGUUUUCAUCAUCAACCUGCUCAGGGACAGCAAAUAUUUCCACUUCAGGCCCGUCAUGGACACAUACAUCCACAAACACUUUGCUGGUGCUUUGGCCUACAAGGAGCUGAUCCGAUGUCUCAAGUGGUCUAUGGAGCGUUCUGCUGAGGCGGUCCGACAAGAUCACACACAGGAAGUCAUGAGGGCGCUGGAGUAUCUGAUCAAGUUCAUCGUCCAGUCUCGGGUUCUGUACUCUCGUGCCACCUGUGGAAUGGAGGAGGACCAGUUCCGAAGCAGCAUCCAGGAACUCUUCCAUUCCAUCCGCUUGGUUCUCAGCCUGGAUCGACCCACUUGUGAGACCCUCAUCUUCACACAGGGUCCCCAACCUGGCCAAGGUCCAAGUCAGGCUCCACCCCCUCCCCCAGGCCAGGUUCCUGGUGGCAAGCAGGUUACCUGUGGUCAGGUGUUAAGCGCCGACACUCUGCGGCCGCCUCCUUUGUCAGCUGCGCUCUUCAACUCUUUCCCGAGCAUCUUCGACCAGCUGCUUCACAUGUUUGCCGUCCAAGAAGUGGCAGAGUUUGUGCGCGGCACGUUGGCAAGCGUGCCGUCCACGCUGCACGUGGGACACGCCAUGGACGCCGUCAAGCUGCAGUUCAUUGCUCGCACCGUAGACAGCAGGCUCUUUUCUUUUCCAGAGUCUCGAAGGAUCCUGCUUCCUGUGGUUCUUCAUCACAUCCAUCUUCAUCUCAGACAUCAGAAAGAGCUUCUCAUGUGCUGUGGAAUUCUCACUUCUCUCUUCUCGGUCAUCCAGACCACCUCCCUGGAUGCAUCAGUGCAGGAAGACGUGGAGAUGAUGGUGGAGUCGCUGCUGGACGUCCUCCUGCAGACGCUGCUGUCAGUCACGAGCAAGAGCCAAUCACAGGAGGCGGUAAGAGGCCAACGCUGUCCGCAGUGCACCGCCGAGAUCACUGGGGAAUUUGUGUCCUGCUUACUGUCCCUCCUCCGUCACAUGACCAACGUCCACUUUGAACACCUGAUGGAGAAUUAUCAGAGCAAAGAGGAGCUGAAGGAGUUCAUGAUGAAGAUUUGGUGUGUGUUUCGGAAUCUGAUGAGGCUGAGUAUUUUCCCACGGGACUGGAACGUCAUGAGGCUCCUGACCAGCCACAUCAUCCUGACCACGGUGCAGCACCUCUCACCCUUUCAGCACAACUUUGCAGAAGAUGACUUUGAUUUUAAGGUGGAGGCAGAGCUGAUUGACAAGCUGGACAGUUUGGUUUCAGAGGGCAAAGGCGACGAGAACUACAGGGAACUCUUCAGUUUGCUAACUCAGCUCUUUGGGCCGUACCCCAGUCUGUUGGAGAAGGUUGAGCAUGAAACGUGGCGAGAGACCGGCAUCUCCUUUGUUACUUCAGUCACUCGACUGAUGGAACGACUUCUGGACUACAGGGAUUGCAUGAAAGGAGACGAGACGGAGAACAAGAAGAUCGGCUGCACCGUCAAUAUCUUGAACUUUUACAAAUCUGAGAUCAACAAGGAGGAGAUGUACGUCCGCUACGUCCACAAACUCUGUGACAUGCACCUGCAGGCAGACAACUACACCGAGGCAGCGUUCACACUCUUGUUGUACUGGGAGUUACUGCACUGGGAUGAGCGGCCAAUGAAAGACUUCCUGCAUUAUCCCGCUCAGUCUGAGUGGCACCGCAAGGAGGUGCUCGGCCGCAAGGUCAUCCACUAUUUCAACAAAGGAAAGUGUUGGGAGUUUGGGAUUCCGCUCUGUAGGGAGCUGGCUUUCCAGUAUGAAUCCUUGUACGACUACCAGAGUCUCAGCUGGAUUCGAAAAUUGGAGGCGGCGUAUUUUGAUAAUAUCAUGGAGCAUCAACGUCUGGAACCUGAAUUCUUCAGGGUGGGAUUCUAUGGCAGGAAGUUCCCCUUCUUCCUCAGAAACAAAGAGUUUGUGUGCCGCGGUCACGACUAUGAACGCCUUGAGGCCUUCCAGCAGAGGAUGCUGGGAGAGUUCCCACAGGCCAUCGCCAUGCAGCACCCAAAGCCACCCGAGGAAGCCAUCCUGCAGUGUGACGCUCAGUACCUCCAGAUUUAUGCAGUAACGCCAGUUCCUGAAGCUGUUGGCGUCCUCCAGUUGGAUCGAGUCGCUGACCGGAUCAAAAGUUUUUAUCGGGUCAAUAACGUUCGCCGCUUCCGUCACGAUCGACCUUUCCAUAAAGGACCAAAAGACAAAGAGAAUGAGUUCAAGAGUCUUUGGAUCGAGAGGACAACACUGGUGCUUGCCCAUCCUUUGCCUGGAAUUUCACGCUGGUUUGAGGUGGAGAAGAGAGAGUUGGUGGAGGUGAGUCCGCUAGAAAAUGCCAUCUGUGUGGUGGAGAACAAGAACCAGGAGCUGCGGACUUUGUUCAGCCAGUACCAACACAAACAACUACACAACAACGUCAAUCUUCUCAGCAUGACGCUCAAUGGAGUCAUCGACGCCGCCGUCAAUGGUGGCAUUGCCAGAUACCAGGAGGCUUUCUUUGACAAAGAUUACAUCAGCAGCCACCCAGAGGACAGCGAGAAGAUCACCCAGCUGAAAAAUGUCAUGCAGGAGCAGGUUCACAUCCUUGGAACCGGCCUAGCUGUGCACGAGAAUCUGGUGCACCCAGAAAUGCGUCCCCUGCACAAGAAGCUGAUAGAUCAGUUCCAGGUGUUGAGGAACAGCCUCUGCCAGGGUCCAUGUCCUUUAGACAAAGCAAACCCCACCAAAGGGAUUGUGGCCACUCACAGUCUUGUGAGUCCUGAGAGAUUCAAAGUACACCGACACAGCGAGAUGGCAAAUGUCGGAAGUCUUUUCAUUCUGGCCGACGGCGUUCUUGCUGAGCAGCGUGAGGACUUCUACGCCAUUCAGGCAAGCCACUCCUCCUCCAGCCUUAGCUCCACCCACUCGGCACCCUUGCAGUUAAUCAACUCGGCUCUGCCAGCAAUCAAAGAACCGUCCAGAACCAGCAGAGACAUUUUGAUGCUGUUGCCGCCACAGCGAGACCAGCCCGGCAGUGUCGUGUAUCAGCAGCGAGCAUUUUUACAUCAGGUGAUCAAUCCAGGCUGUAAACCUUGCAGCGACCCCAAUCUGUCCUUCACUGAUAAAGUUCUGAGUACCCCCAGUAGUUGGAGUUUGGACAGCGGAACCAGAGAUGCUGUGCCCGUGGUGUCCGCCCACAUUGCCAGCGUCAUGGCGCCUCCUGUUCCACCGCGUAAUAUACCACAUGGCCGACACCUGUCAAUGCACUUUGAUGCUUUCCACCAUCAACUCCGUGACCUCCCUCCUGCCCUUCCUGCGCGCUCCCUAAGAAAGUGUCCCCUGCAACAUUCACCUGCCUCGCCCACCAGUCCAGCAUCCAUCCUGGAUGGAAGUAACUCCACCUUGUCAGGCAGCACCAGCUCAGGAGUCUUCACGCUAAGCGAAAGUAACUUAAGUGGCCCCCCCUCUGGACGCACAGACCCCCUGGAGUACCAGGCCUGGACAAACGAGCAGGAAGACCUCAACUCACCUUACUGCCUCAUCAGGUACGACGUCUCAGAGUUUGAAGUUCCGGACAGAGUCAACUCUGAGCUUUGUCGAAGCCAGUCCUCUUCUGGGACCCUCGCACCCCAGUCUCAGGGGUUCAGGACCCCCAGAAGUUGUGCACAGCCCAGAGACCACCAAGACCUCUAUUCCAAUCACCAUCACGUCCCCGCCUACUUGCCUCUAGACUCCAUGCAUGAGCCCCUUCCUGCCCUGUCGCAACUCAGAGAACGGCGUGUCCCUGAGGAGAACCCCUUCAACAGCUCAUCCGCACAAGCAGCACCUCCACACGGGCUGGGCAAGAACACCCAUCCUCCAUUUGCUGCCACUAAGGAGGAACAGGCCAGGGUAGCGUGGGGGCGUGGAAUCAGUCUGGAGUGAGGUUCACAUCAAAUGGAUUGCUGUACAGGUUCUGGUACUGGAUGUAGCACUUAGGACUCAAAGAAACUAGUGGGCACGUACAUCACAACAUCGCCAUUUUUUUUUCAAUUAUUUUUUACCAGCACCUCCUUUAUUUCCUCUCACCAGCAGCCCAACCAUUCAAUUCCCCUUUGAUAUCUUUGUAGGAAGCAACAUGAUGUGAUGUAUUCAACGUCAUUCCUCAUCAAAACAAUCCCUAACAAUAAAAACAAAACUGUUGCUAACACAAUGCUAUGCAUCUCCUGCCAUUGAAGGAUAUGAUAUGUUUCGUGUUUCAUCAUUCAGCUCAGCGUAGGUGUCAUUUUUUGGGGGUUCAUCACUUGACAUUUUAGUUCCGUAAUGCUCAGGAUCUUUCAAAAAAAUGUAGAGCAGGGGUCUUAAACUCAAUUUACUUGGGGGCCACUGGAGUUCGGGUCUGGGUGAGACUGGGCCGCUCAG